AUAUGAUACAAGAGAGAGAGGAUUGGAAACAUAGUUUCUCAGCGAGUAUGUUGGAAGCAUUUUAGGUUUUGAUUGAACAUCAAAGAAGCGUUUUUUCAAACACCCAUUUCAUAUAAAUUAGUACUAGAAAUCUCUGGAGUUGAAGGGGCCAGUCGGUGGCUUAUUACUGGAAUGCUGGCUAAGUUGAAUCGGGAAAAGGGAAAGUGGCAUGAGUAGUGUAACUCAUGAGAGUGCAAAAAUGAACAAUGGUACGAAGAACCGAGAGAAUCAUAAACAGCAACUGUCCAGAGAUGUCAUGCUGGGUAGUGAGCUAUGGACAGAUGGCCUGCUUUGUGCCUUUGAAUUUGUCCGUGGCCAACGGAAGACAAAUGGCGCAAGAGCUACUGAACAUUAUGCUGCCAGGGAACCUAAAAAACCACCAUUAUAUAAAUAUGGUGCAAGUAAUGUCUCACCCCAAGAUGUUGACAAAGAUCACUUUAUAGAACCUCAUUAUACAACAGAAUCUGCGUAUGUUGACAUCGAGAACGCAGAUGGCCAAAGUUAUCAACAAGACUAUCCUUAUCAGUCCCAAGAAAGGUCUCCUGGUAAUUACUGGAUACCAAUAGGCUGGUCUAGAAUAUCUGAGCUGCUUCAAACAGUGCAUAUUGAUAGUGGUUGGGCCUCUCAGCCUGUUGAUCUCAGUGAUGAGGAAGAUGAUGUGACUGUAGCAGAUGUUGCAGCUCCAUACUGGCAAAGUCCAGUUGGACCAACUUGGUGGUGUCAUGUAGCUGCAGGUCACCCUUCCAUCAAUGCAUGGUUGAGCAAUGCUCAGUGGCUACAUCCUGCCAUAAGUAUUGCCUUGCGAGAUGAAAGCAAGCUGAUCAGUGAACGCAUGAAGCACCUUCUUUAUGAGGUGCCGGUUAGAGUUGCUGGUGGAUUACUAUUUGAGCUCUUGGGGCAGUCAGUUGGUGAUCCUUAUGUUGAAGAAGAUGAUAUCCCAGCUGUUAUACGGUCGUGGCAAUCACAAAAUUUCUUGUUAACUGCAUUGCAUGUUAAAGGAUCUGCAUCAAAUAUCAAUGUUAUAGGUAUUGCGGAAGUCCAGGAACUACUUGCUGCGGGCUCUUCAAAUGUUCCGCGAACAAUUCAUGAGGUAGUAGCACUCCUAGCUUGUCGCCUGGCCCGGUGGGAUGACAGGUUAUAUCGGAAGUAUAUUUUUGGGGCAGCUGAUGAAGCUGAACUGAAGUUCAUGAACAGGAGAACCCAUGAAGAUGUGCAGUUGUUCAGUGUAAUUUUGAAUCAAGAGAUUAGAAGGCUGUCGACACAGGUUAUACGGGUAAAGUGGUCUUUACAUGCAAGAGAAGAGAUUGUAUUCGAGCUUCUCCAACAUCUUAGGGGGAAUGCUGCAAGGAAUUUGCUUCAAGGAAUACUAAAAAGUACAAGACAAAUGAUUGGAGAACAAGAAGCGGUUCGUGGCCGCUUAUUUACAAUUCAAGAUGUCAUGCAGAGUACUGUCCGUGCAUGGUUACAGGAUCGGAGCCUUCGAGUCCAACAUAAUCUAGGGGUAUUCGGGGGUUGUGGACUUGUUCUUUCUAUUAUCACGGGGCUAUUUGGGAUAAAUGUGGACGGAAUUCCUGGAAACGAGGGAUCCCCGUAUGCAUUUGCCUUCUUCUCUCUCGCCCUUGUCUUGCUAGGAGCUGGGUUGAUUGCUAUCGGAUUGAUCUAUCUCGGAUUGAAUAAACCAUUCGCCGAGGAGAAAGUCGAGGUGAGGAAACUAGAGUUACAAGAACUCGUGAAGAUGUUCCAGCACGAGGCUGAAUCGCACGUGCAAGUCCGAAAGGAUGCUUCAGAAGCCAAGAAGUCAGUUGAUUCUGCAGGUAUAAUAACAGAUGGAGACAAAUAUGUUGUCAUUAGUUGAUCAAAACAUAGAAAUGCCAAGUCUUCCUACACUGCAUCGCGAUGAGAAUCGGAAAAUUUUGUCUAUCUUGUCACAACUGGUAGAGAAGGAAGAAAAAAAGUAACAUAACUUCUAAUAACUGCAUAGAUAGAAUACUUCUGCUGCUUCAUAAGUUGAAUUUACAGGGGGCAUUGUUCUUUAUUCUCCUUGUUCUGCUUACAUGAUAAAAAGCAGAAAGCGCCUAAUUCCAAAUACAGUUGAGCUCUUAGAUUUUGUAUGUGAAUUUCAAUGGAUUCGUCGACAUGGUUACAUAUGUGAUAUGUUCUUGGUAGUCGAGGCAAUGGGAAAACAAUCGCGA